AUGAGUGAGUUCAGCAGCUUAUCUGGAAGUCCUUUAUGUCAUUUUAGUCAUAAACUGGCUAAAUCCAACAUUCAAUCUGAAGAGGAUGUAACUAUAGAUGAGUUCGAAUCCGAUGCCGAUGCCGAAAAAGAUGCUGAUGAACAUGAAAUGUUGACGAGUAAUGAUUUAGCAUCACCCGUACAACAGGAUAUAGUUAGCACGCCCGAGCUGAGACAUUCAUGGCGACAUACUAGAAAAUAUCUAACCGCUGAAAUAGAUGAAAGUUUAGUGUUCAUUGAAGAUGAGGACACUGGAUCCGAUCACAAUGAACUUUACAACAUGGAGUGCUCUAAAGCAAUAUCUAGGAUGAAUGAACAAAUUGUUUUACACCAACCACCACCCGUAAAUAAUCACAGAACAGCGCCUAUUGAAAACAUACCAGAAGCAUCUGUACCAAUUUUAGAAUCAACGACAGAUUUUCCUUCUCAUAGUUCUUCGGAUGUGACGGCUAAUCCCGGUGCAUAUAAUAAUGCCUUCAUUAAAAAGGAUGAUACCAUAUGUCAGAUUCUGAAGACGCGCACAUCUAAGCACAAUCUGAAUAACUUCAAAAAAGACGAAGAGAUACUGGAGACGAUGGACGUCUUGCCUGUAGCUGAUACUGACUCAGUCUUAGAAUCAACCUCGGAUGUAGUCUCUAGAAGUUCUCUUGAAGAGGAGACUGUUGAUCACGAUGCACAUAAUAAUCGCUCCAUGAAAAGCGACAAUGCCACAGAUCAGAAUUUGGAGGCGCGCAAAUCAGUGCACAAUCUAAAUUUCUCAGAAGAAGCCGAAGAGUUGCUGGAGGAGAUGGAGGUCGCAUCUGUAGCCGAUAAUGGCCUAGUCUCAGAAUCAACAUCAGAUGUGCUCUCUAGAAGUUCUUUUGAAAGGGAAACGGAUGAUCCCGAUGCGCAUAACGAUGUUUCCUUUAAAAAGGACAAUGCGACAGAUCGGAAUUUGGAGGCGCGCACAUCAGUGCACAAUCUAAAUUUCUCAGAAGAAGACGAAGAGAUCCUGGAGGAGAUGGAGGUCGCUCCUGUUGCCGAUAAUGGCCCAGUCGCAGAAUCAACAUCAGAUGUGCUCUGUAGAAGUUCUCUUGAAGAGGAGACUGUUGAUCACGAUGCACAUAAUGAUCUCUCCAUGAAAAGCGACAAUGCCACAGAUCAGAAUUUGGAGGCACGCAAAUCAGUGCACAAUCUAAAUUUCUCAGAAGAAGCCGAAGAGUUGCUGGAGGAGAUGGCGGUCGCACCUGUAGCCGAUAAUGGCCCAGUCGUAGAAUCAACAUCAGAUGUGCUCUCUAGAAGUUCUUUUGAAAGGGAAACGGAUGAUCCCGAUGCGCAUAACGAUGUUUCCUUUAAAAAGGACAAUGCGACAGAUCGGAAUUUGGAGGCGCGCACAUCAGUGCACAAUCUAAAUUUCUCAGAAGAAGACGAAGAGAUCCUGGAGGAGAUGGCGGUCGCUCCUGUUGCCGAUAAUGGCCCAGUCGCAGAAUCAACAUCAGAUGUGCUCUGUAGAAGUGCUCUUGAAGAGGAGACUGUUGAUCACGAUGCACAUAAUGAUCCCUUCAUGAAAAGCGACAACGCCACAGAUCAGAAUUUGGAGGCACGCAAAUCAGUGCACAAUCUAAAUUUCACAGAAGAAACCGAAGAGUUGCUGGAGGAGAUGGAGGUCGCAUCUGUAGCCGAUAAUGGCCUAGUCUCAGAAUCAACAUCAGAUGUGCUCUCUAGAAGUGCUCUUGAAGAGGAGACUGUUGAUCACGAUGCACAUAAUGAUCCCUUCAUGAAAAGCGACAAUGCCACAGAUCAGAAUUUGGAGGCACGCAAAUCAGUGCACAAUCUAAAUUUCUCAGAAGAAGCCGAAGAGUUGCUGGAGGAGAUGGCGGUCGCACCUGUAGCCGAUAAUGGCCUAGUCUCAGAAUCAACAUCAGAUGUGCUCUCUAGAAGGGAAACGGAUGAUCCCGAUGCGCAUAACGAUGUUUCCUUUAAAAAGGACAAUGCGACAGAUCGGAAUUUGGAGGCACGCAAAUCAGUGCACAAUCUAAAUUUCUCAGAAGACGAAGAGAUCCUGGAGGAGAUGGAGGUCGCUCCUGUUGCCGAUAAUGGCCCAGUCGCAGAAUCAACAUCAGAUGUGCUCUGUAGAAGUUCUUUUGAAAAGGAAACGGAUGAUCCCGAUGCGCAUAACGAUGUUUCCUUUAAAAAGGACAAUUCGACAGAUCGGAAUUUGGAGGCGCGCACAUCAGUGCAUAGUCUGAAUAACGUCAAAAAAGACGAAGAGAUCCUGGAGGAGAUGGGAGUCACAUCUGCAACCGAGAAUGUCCCAGUCUUGGAAUCAAUCUCAUAUGUGGUUUCUAGAAGUGCUCUUGAAGAAGAGAGUGGUAAUCUCGAAGCAAAUAAUGAUGCUUCCAUUAAAAGGGAUAAUUCUACCGAUCGGAAUUUGGAGGCGCGCAAAUCAGUGCACAAUCUAAAUUUCUCAGAAGAAGCCGAAGAGAUGCUGGAGGAGAUGGAGGUGGCACCUGUAGCCGAUAAUGGCCCAGUCGCAGAAUCAACAUCAGAUGUGGUUUCAAGAAGUGCUCUUGAAGAGGAGACUGUUGAUCACGAUGCACAUAAUGAUCCCUUCAUGAAAAGCGACAAUGCCACAGAUCAGAAUUUGGAGGCGCGCAAAUCAGUGCACAAUCUAAAUUUCUCAGAAGAAGCCGAAGAGUUGCUGGAGGAGAUGGAGGUCGCACCUGUAGCCGAUAAUGGCCCAGUCGCAGAAUCAACAUCAGAUGUGCUCUCUAGAAGUUCUUUUGAAAGGGAAACGGAUGAUCCCGAUGCGCAUAACGAUGUUUCCUUUAAAAAGGACAAUGCGACAGAUCGGAAUUUGGAGGGGCGCACAUCAGUGCAUAGUCUGAAUUCCUUUAAAAAAGAUGAAAAGAUACUGGAGGAGAUGGAGGGCUUGCCUAGAGCCAAUAAUGAACCAGUCUUAGAAUCAAACUCAGUUGGCCACUCCACAAGUUAUCUAAGGCUGGAAGAGGAAAUGGCUGAUUGCGAUACACAUAGUGCGAAGAAAGACCCAACAUCCGAUUUGCAACAGGUCAACGAAGAUGCAUCGAAAACAGAGGAUCAUUCCACAGAACAGUUUCCUACAAUAGACUCAUCGUUGCAGAGUGUCAUAUGUCAUGAAAAGGACGAUCAUUUACAAAAAGCAAAUGUUGCAAGCCCUGAAAUGCAACAGUCAACUCCGAGAGUUUCCAAACGGCGCUUAUAUUCUAAAAACAUCUUUUCAAGUCCAACUCUCGAUCAUACGAUAGAAGAAAUCCCGCGUUCCGUCAGUAAUGUAGAAUAUUUCGGAAUAUUAACAACUUUGACACACAAAGCAAACAAAUCGGAAAACGCUCAAGUAGACAGUGGAGAUAAAGUAACACGCAAAAAUCUUCCCAAAAGGGCUUGUAGAGAGAAAAUUGUGAACCUUUCGGAAAAAUUUUUAAGCGGCCCUUCCCCUGUGCCAAAGUUAGUUAAAUCUAAAUUGAUCGAUCAAGAUACUCAGCACGAUGAUACCAACGAACACCACGACAAAACUAUUGUCAUUGACGAACAGUCAGUUAUCCAAAAUCCGCCGAAACCAACAGUAGCCAGAAAGGGGCGGUCACGAAAAAAAGCUCCGGAAACAGAUGUUUCAGUUUUACAGCAACUCGAUUCAAUAUCAGUAACUGAAGGAGAGACAGCUAUAGUGAAUAAUGUAUUUUUGGGGCAAACAAAAUCGCAAAACGACACAUCGGUUGGAGUGAGAAGGGGUCGGGGCCGAAAGAAGGCUCCUGCAGCUGAAGACUCCGUUUCAAAGCAAUCCGAUGCAGUGCCAGUUACUGACGGAGAGGAUAUAAGCGAUAAAAAUUUGCUUUUGGAGCAAACCAAAACGCAAAACGACACACCGGUUGGAGUGAGAAGGGGUCGGGGCCGAAAGAAGGCUCCUGCAGCUGAAGACUCCGUUUUAAAGCAAUCCCAAUCUGUACCAGUUACUCACGGAGAGGAUAUAAGCGAUAAAAAUUUGCUUUUGGAGCAAACCAAAACGCAAAACGACACACCGGUUGGAGUGAGAAGGGGUCGGGGCCGAAAGAAGGCUCCUGUAGCUAAAGACUCCGUUUCAAAGCAAUCCGAUGCAGUGCCAGUUACUGACGGAGAGGAUAUAAGCGAUAAAAAUUUGCUUUUGGAGCAAACCAAAACGCAAAACGACACACCGGUUGGAGUGAGAAGGGGUCGGGGCCGAAAGAAGGCUCCUGCAGCUGAAGACUCCGUUUUAAAGCAAUCCCAAUCUGUAUCAGUUACUCACGGAGAGGAUAUAAGCGAUAAAAAUUUGCUUUUGGAGCAAACCAAAACGCAAAACGACACACCGGUUGGAGUGAGAAGGGGUCGGGGCCGAAAGAAGGCUCCUGCAGCUGAAGACUCCGUUUUAAAGCAAUCCCAAUCUGUACCAGUUACUCACGGAGAGGAUAUAAGCGAUAAAAAUUUGCUUUUGGAGCAAACCAAAACGCAAAACGACACACCGGUUGGAGUGAGAAGGGGUCGGGGCCGAAAGAAGGCUCCUGCAGCUGAAGAUUCCGUUUUAAAGCAAUCCCAAUCUGUAGCAGUUACUCACGGAGAGGAUAUAAGCGAUAAAAAUUUGCUUUUGGAGCAAACCAAAACGCAAAACGACACACCGGUUGGAGUGAGAAGGGGUCGGGGCCGAAAGAAGGCUCCUGCAGCUGAAGACUCCGUUUUAAAGCAAUCCCAAUCUGUAUCAGUUACUCACGGAGAGGAUAUAAGCGAUAAAAAUUUGCUUUUGGAGCAAACCAAAACGCAAAACGACACACCGGUUGGAGUGAGAAGGGGUCGGGGCCGAAAGAAGGCUCCUGCAGCUGAAGACUCCGUUUCCAAGCAAUCCGACCCUGUGUCGGUUAAUGAUAGGGAAUCAACAAUCGCUGAUAAUGUAAAUUUUGAACAAAAGGAGGAGAUGGCAAAGGACACAGCUGCGGUCGUAAGAAGAGGUCGAACGCUAAAAAAAGUUGUUGAAGUAUCGCCUCUUAGAACAGGAAGAAGGCGUAAGAUAAACGUGGACGCUCUUGAAGAUAAAGUUAUGGAUGAAAUUGAAAUUCCUCAUGAGACGAAACGGACAAGACGUGUGGUGUAACUCAAGAAGAAGAUUACGAUAAAAUAACCGAAGGUACACAUGAAAGAUGAACGAUGAACGAAACGAA